AUGUCGAGCAUGUAUGUGAGCCAUGAACUUUCUAGUCUGUCAAAACCAGCAUCUGGCAGAUUUUCCUAUAGCCAUGACUCCUACACAUCUUCCUGCUGUGAUGCAGGAAAUUCUUACUUAUUUAAACCUUUGAUAGGUGCAUUUUAUGAAAUUGUUCAGAGCUUCCCUCGAAUGGAGGAAAAUGUGCGAGUGGAUUCAUAUGUAAGCAGCAACAGGUGGAGAAGGCAUUCAGAGUCUCUCAAAUCAAUUGACACCAACAGAGCCAGCAUGGGGCAAGAUUCCUCUGAGCCAGGGGGUUUCACAGACCUGCUGCUUGAAGAAGGACAUGACAACACCACCCAGAUUGAGGAAGAUACAGAUCAUAAUUAUUAUACUUCAAGGACGUAUGGCCCAUAUGAUUCUACCAGCCGGGAUUUGUGGGUCAAUAUAGACCAGAUGGAGAAGGACAAAGUAAAGAUUCAUGGGAUCCUUUCCAAUACGCAUCGGCAAGCUGCAAGAGUGAAUCUGUCCUUUGAUUUUCCAUUUUACGGUCAUUUUCUACGUGAAAUUACUGUGGCAACUGGGGGUUUCAUAUAUACUGGAGAAGUUGUACAUCGAAUGCUAACAGCUACCCAAUAUAUUGCACCCUUAAUGGCAAAUUUUGACCCCAGUGUAUCAAGAAAUUCAACAGUCAGAUACUUUGAUAAUGGCACAGCACUAGUUGUCCAGUGGGACCAUGUACAUCUACAGGAUAAUUACAACCUGGGCAGUUUCACUUUUCAGGCCACCCUUCUCAAUGAUGGGCGUAUCAUUUUCGGCUACAAAGAAAUUCCUGUCGCUGUAACACAGAUAAGUUCAACCAACCACCCAGUGAAAGUGGGACUUUCAGAUGCGUUUGUGGUUGUGCACAGGAUCCAGCAAAUUCCCAAUGUCCGAAGAAGAACAAUUUAUGAAUACCACAGGGUGGAGCUACAGAUGUCAAAGAUUACCAAUCUCUCAGCUGUUGAAAUGAUACCUCUUCCAACUUGUCUCCAGUUUACCAGCUGUGGUCCCUGUGUCACUGCCCAGAUUGGUUUCAAUUGCAGCUGGUGCAGUAAACUCCAAAGAUGCUCCAGUGGAUUUGACCGUCACCGGCAAGAUUGGGUAGACAGUGGCUGCCCUGAAGAGGCAAAAGAUAAGAUCUGUGAGAAGAAUAUAGACACAACUGAAACACCUCCAUACUCCACCACCACCCUUCUGCCAACCACCACAAGGUUCAGAGUUUUAACAACCACCAGAGGAUCCACCACUUCCCACCUUCCAACUAGCCUGCCCACAGAAGAUGACACCAAGAUUGCACUGCACCUAAAAGAUAAUGGAGCUUCGACAGAUGACAGUGCAGCAGAGAAGAAAGGUGGAACACUUCAUGCUGGCUUAAUUGUUGGCAUUCUAGUCCUGGUCCUUAUUGUGGCUGCAGCCAUCCUCGUGAUGGUCUAUAUGUAUCAUCAUCCGACGUCAGCAGCCAGUCUCUUCUUCAUAGAGCGACGUCCAAGCAGAUGGCCAGCAAUGAAAUUCAGAAGAGGAUCUGGACAUCCUGCCUAUGCUGAAGUGGAACCAGUUGGAGAAAAAGAAGGGUUCAUCGUGUCAGAGCAGUGCUAAAAUUUCUGGGACAGAACACCAGUACUGGCCUACAGGUGUAAGACAUUUACUUUGCCUCUCUUUAAAGAAAAGGAGCCCUAAGCUGCUGUAGCCUGAUAGAAAGAAGAUUUUGGAUAAGCUUUGUCCAAGAAGAAAAACUAUCUAAGAUACCAGAUUACUACUGCCCAGUAGUUUUUGUUAGUGGACUGAGACACAAUGGUUCAUGCAGAACACUUGUCAGUGGACACCUACAGUAUCAGAACUAUGGCACAAGUGCCAUAUUAUUGGCUUUAGGUGUGGGGAUGCACAGUAAUCAGAAGUAUAAUAAAGCUUUGGUGCACAAGAGUGUUGCCCUUUGGUUUAAGUGUUCUCUGUUAUCUCAAAGACUGAGGGACAAAUCUGUACUGUUUCAGUGCAAAGGGCACUGAAUAGUGUUCACAGGUGAUUGAGAAUAGUAUCUCAAUGCAGGUAAAGAAGAAAAAAGGAACUUACCAAUAUUUCUAUAAGCAGAUGUGAAAUAUACACACUUUUCAACUCUAAAUUAACCUACCCACCUGAGUGAGUCACAAUGUAAAUGCUUUCCAGGAGUAUUACGUUUCUUGUACAUUGCUGACAACAGAGAAUUUUCACGGUGGUGAAAUUAUUUCCUGGGAGUUCACAGUGAAGUUGGGCUGAUUUUCAGUUUCAGUGUUCACUAAAAAAUGAAUUAUCAGAUUUGUUUUAAGGGAUAUCUUUCAUUUCUCAGCAGGAGACUGAAGUAAAGGCAACAGAUCCUUUUAGCUGCCAGAGAGCUUAUGGACCAUUUCUUAGGCAAUGUGAUAUGAAAAAAUAAGAUUUAAAAUAAAUGGGUUUCUAUCCUUUGCCA